AUGACCUCAGCACCACCAGUAGUGGCUGUGAACCGCAUCAUCAUCAUUCUCCGACCCCCUUCCCUGCCAUGCAGUGCAGUGCAUGGCGUUUCAAUAGAGCAGAGAAAGCUAUACCUGGUGCACAUGACACCAGCACAGCACCACCACGCCUCCAGUAGUGGCUGUGAAGUGCACAUCCCCUCUGUUCUCCGACCCCCCUCCUCGCCAUGCAGUGCAAGGCUGCCCAAGAGGUGGAAGGGCGCAUGCACGGGGCUGAGCAGGUGCAACCGCAAGCUGAUAGGAGCGCGGUACUUCCUCAAGGGGUACGAGGCGGAGUAUGGCAAGCUGGCUCGGGGGGAGUUCCGCUCUGCUCGGGACGCUGGCGGUCAUGGCACGUGGUGUGCGGGGGCUGCAGCAGGCAACGCCGGGGUGGUACUGACGGACGAGUUUGGAUCGACCGCAGGGCCGGCCAGUGGCAUGGCGCCACGUGGCAGGCUGGCAGUGUACAAGGCGAUCUGGUUCAACGCGUCAGAGGGGUACGGCCACGACUGCGACAUCUUUGCAGCCGUUGAUCAGGCCGUCGCGGACGGUGUGGAUGUGCUCUCCAUGAGCAUCGGAUCGGGCGAGGAUACCUACUUUGGCGACCUGCCACUACUGCGCGCUGUGCAGGCGGGUGUGUUUCUGGCCAUGGCAGCGGGCAACGAGGGACCACCCCCCAUGGCAGUGAAGCCAUAUGGCUUCCGCACCCUCAGCAACGCUGCUCCCUUUUACCUCACUGUUGCCGCCAGCUCAACAGAUAACGACUGGGGUUUCUUUGGCCGCUCUGCACAGUCAGCAGAGUCAACGCAAGUCAACGGCACCUCGCUGCCUGCUUCUGCAGCUGCCGUCCAGCACCUUCGCCUGCUGCUGCAGCUGCCGCCCAGGUGGUAA